AUGGAAACGACUGUAAUUGGGAUCAGUGAAGGUUAUGUUUCUGUGGUAACUGAUCAGAUUAAAAGUCUUCUAUUCCGUAAGCUUGUUAGAAAGGUGCAGCAACCUGAUCAUGCUUCAGAAGCUGUAACCAAUGUGAAUCAGGACCUUUCAGCUCCAUUGGGUUCAAACAGCCAUUUGAACAGGCCUGAAACUUGGGAGGUUGACGGGACAAUGCAGCAAUCAGAUCAGCAAGCAGCCAUUAAUCGUGUUCAGAGCCCAGCAAACAUUCAAGACAAGAUUCAUCAAGAUCCUCCAGCUACGGUUGUCAUCGAAGAGCUGAGGACUGGACAGCCUUGGACUUCUGGAUUGUACGAGUGGCGGACAGAUCAGACAAAUGCUAUUCUAACUGCAAUUUGUCCAUGUGUUACAUUCGGCCAAAUAGCAGAAGUAGUCGAUGAAGGAAGGUCAUCUUGUUGCUCAAUGUGUUGCAUUUGCUUCUUGGCGAUGCUCGCCUCGUAUUCCCAGUGGCUCGUGGCAACAGAGUACAGAACCAAACUGAGGAAGAAGUAUGUUCUGGUAGAAGAUCCGUACACAGAUGUGGCUUCUCAUGUCUUCUGCCCAUUGUGUUCACUCUGUCAGGAAUAUCGAGAGCUUAAGAGCCGCGGGCUCGAUCCUUCUCUAGGUUGGAAAGGGAUUGUAGCUCAGCAGCAACAGAAGAGAAAACAGAGCAAUGAAGAUCGAUUCCGGAGAAGACUGGAGGAGGAGGAGGAAGAAGAUGAUCAUGGAGAAACCAGUACUGUUCCUCCUCCAGAACAAGUCAUGAACCAGUGAUGAAUGUAAUUCCUUUUUCUUCCAACUCGCCUUGUUUGUUUGUAUCCUAUUCAUGUCCCACAAGUGGCUGUCAUGUAUUGGCCGGGCGCCAUUUUUAGUUAAAGAGUUGCGCUUCAAAUUUGCCACCAAAUCCAAUGGGGGAUGCCGUGUCCAACUUAAGCUCAAUGUCAGAGGAUUGUACAAAAUUCUUCCUUGGCCAAAGAGUGCAUAGUGGAUGGUCUUCUGUUCAUAGUUCCAGCACAAGGAAAGAUGUCCAUGGCCGUUAGCCAUUCUUUGUAUCCGUAUCAAAAUAGGAGCAUGGCUGAAUUGAAAUGGUUGGAGUAGGAGCUGAGGGAAU